AUGGGUGGAAAAUUUCUCACACUUGUUCUGUUUUGUUCGGUUUUUGUUGCGGUAUAUGGUCACGACUCCCAUCACGGACAUAGCCACGAACAUCACCAUCAUGGACAUAGCCAUCACGAACCCAGCCACGAUCAUCAUCAUCAUCAUCAUCACGGACAUAGCCAUGAUUUUGAAGACGAACAUAUUGAUGAACAUCCUGCUCGAAAAUAUCAACAAAAAGCAAAUACCCCGAAACCAAGCAGUCAUCCUUCGGCCAAAAAACCUGUUACCACUCAAGCCGCAAACGGAAAAUGGACAAAAUGGCUUCAGGCGAUAGGAGCGACUUUGCUGAUCAGUGCUGCCCCUUUCUUCAUCCUAUUUUUCAUCCCACUACAAAGCAAUACGGCUGACCAGCAGCCACUGUUGAAAGUACUUCUAGCUUUUGCUUCUGGAGGGCUCUUAGGAGAUGCUUUUCUUCAUCUGAUCCCCCAUGCGAUUUCACCACAUUCGCACCACGGCGAUCACGAACACUCUCAUUCUCACUCGCAUGGUUCGCACGAAAGCGGUCAUGAUCAUUCGUCCGAAAUGGCUGUGGGUCUUUGGGUUUUAGCUGGCUUGAUAGCCUUUCUAAUGGUUGAAAAGUUUGUCAGGCUGGUCAAGGGAGGCCAUGGCCAUUCACAUGGUGCCCCUAAAAACGACCACGAUUCAAAUUCUGUUAAGAACGGAGAGGUCGUAACAGAAAAAGACGGAGAUGAGGUACCCGAAGAGAAUGACAAGGAGUUGCGCGAAAGAAAAAAGACAGAUGAAGUCGCUCAAAAGGAAAUAAAAGCAAAAACUGCGUCGGGUGAGUUAAGAUUUUUACUCCAAAUCGAAGGCUACGUGGAUAUAUGGAAGCCAUUUGAAGUAGGUCACGUGUCGUAAAUUUUUAAUUUUGCUUUCCUAAUAAUUACGACGAUUUCUUUCUGUUUUUGAAGACCCUUUUUAAUCAGUUUGAAAUAUUAUUUGACACGUAAGUGUUUCUCGUCGAAUUUAUUCAAUUUGUACUGUGCGAAUGUUUGUUUUCCCUAGAUGAAUUUCCACAACCACGGGUAUCGGAAAAGCAACGAAGAAAAUUGAUUUCCGAGUCAGUGAGCCAGAAGAGUACUAGAAAAUUUCUUGUUAAUCCUAACAGCUGCUAUUUUCCCAUGAACUCAUCUUUUAAAAUCGCCGCGUUUUGGUGUAUUUUUUCAGCUUUUACGAGAAUUUUAAGGACUUCAAAGUAAACAUACAGUGAUCGAACAAAAAAUUGUAUGCAAAUUUUGUCUCGUUGACGUGUCAAUACGAAAUUGAUCCUCGUGCCUGAAAAAAUACAACAGGGUAAUUGUUUGGAAAAAAGGGGUUUUUUAGACAUCUUAGACAGGAUGCAAGUGUCAGGGUUGCUUGUUUAUAAAGUUCAUUUACUCUCAAGAAUGUGAAAAUUUUUCAGCUCAUAUUUUUAAAACAAUUUUCAUACAAAAAAUUAGAUUUAUUGCGGUAUAAACUUUGAAAGGCGCCAGAAAGACAAUUCCUACCACCUCAGUUUUUUGACGUAGUUCUCUGGAAAAAAAACUUUCCUGAUGCCCCCCUGGUUACCAGCUCGUUUAAGAAACAGCCUAAAAUAAUAAAAAAAAUAACACCAAUUUUGGCACAGCGGAAGGAGGGGUGGGGGGUUGGUGUAUGAAAACGGAACAUGCCCAAGAAUGAAUUAACUAUUUCUUCCCCAUAAGUGACCAAAAUCAUAUUUCAAUGAAAUUUGCAAACUUUAUUUCUGUUCAAUGCUGAUAAACAUAAAUAAUACCAUGGAGAGUACUGGGGUUUCAUGUUUUUGAAUGGUCACGCUGGCCCAUAGUAUCAAUUUUUUUCAUCAGCUUAUAGUUACAGUUAACAAGAGACACCAUUAUUCAUGGGAGUGAAGGCAGGAAAAAGUGAUGAUAUUGAAGGAGAGAAAAAAUGAGUUUUUAAAAUCUCUGAUAAUAAUUAUCAAAUUUAAAAAAGAAUGAAAAAUUAUAUUGCUUUUUCAAUUAUUGAAAAAGCAAUAUAAUUUUUCAUUCUUUUUUAAAUUUGAUCUCACUGUUCUGUGGUCGUCUUAACAACUAUUCUUGCAUCAUGUAAUUUGAAAUAGAUAAAUUUUGAAAUAGGAAGGAUUUGAAUGGAAGACUGUGGGUCUAGAUCUGAUGGUGAAAUGAUUAGUCUGUUGUUUCUGUGUAGUUCCACAUGAUCAUGGCGAUGAUAUAAAGGUGGCAGGCUACUUAAAUCUUGCUGCAGAUUUCACUCACAAUUUUACUGAUGGUCUAGCCAUUGGAGCCUCAUUUCUUGUGAGUCGUAAUCUUGGUGUAAUCACUACUUUUACGAUCCUUCUUCAUGAAGUUCCUCAUGAGAUUGGAGAUUUUGCAAUUCUUGUUCAGUCUGGUUGCAACAAGAGAAAGGUAGGCAGAUUUGCUGUUGAAUUCAUCUGGCUUGCAGCCGUUAUUAGUUGCAACUGAGGCAGUAUUGCCUUGGCAAAACUUCUGAAAUUUCUUAGUGCCUUCUUAAAAUUAAAAAAUAUAUUAUUCAAGCAUGCCGUAGGUGGUAUAUUCAGUUUAAUGCUGCAAUUUAGUAAUUUUUAGUGUUUUUUGAUGCGGCCUUUUUCAAAUUCGCAUUUCUUAAAUCACUGACAACAAUAUGGUAAAUCACUUGUAAGUAUUGCGUAAAGCAUAAAGAUGUUUAAAGUUCCAAUAUAUAGAUACAGAAACCAUAUUAAAUCCUCAGCUUUUGAUCGUGAUAAUGAUGACAAGAAGCCAUUUGAAACACCAAGUUUCUGUAUAUCAUCAAUUAUUGUUUUAAAAUGAAUCUGUAAUCACUCAGAAAAAUUCUUGACUUGUGAUCACUACGUGCUUAUUUCAGUGUGUUAAGUCUCUUACCUCAGAAAAAAAACUUCACUGUAUGACACACUGAGCUUAAAUUUUCUGGUUUUUAUUAUUAAUUUCAGGCAAUGUUACUUCAACUGACAACUGCAACUGGUGCCUUGGCUGGGACAUUUUGUGGCCUACUUGCAGAAAACAUUGGGGAGUCUGCUGCUACACUAUGGAUCCUACCGUUCACGGCAGGAGGUUUUAUUUAUAUCGCCACAGUGUCUGUCAUUCCUGAACUACUGGAGGACACCAAAAUUGGCCAGACCAUUAAAGAACUUGUUGGAUUGUUUGUUGGGGUCUUGAUGAUGGUCCUAAUUGCUAAGUUUGAGUAAUUUUAUUUUGCUGUGAAUGUUGAGGGUAGCGUUGACAUCUUGAGUUCAAUCACUUUGGUCAAUCCCACGGGACUUUCCUGUUUCUUGUUUUCAUGGCUUUGGGAACAACAUUCCCGAUUAUCUGAAAGCCAGAAGCUUGACAUUUUUUAAUCAAAGGUCAGACUUUACCUAUAUGAAAACAUAACUAGGUAAGUCCGAGAUGUCCCCAAGUGUUAUACAGCCUGUAGAGUAUUCAGUUGGUUGUAUUUGGAAGAAGAUUUCAUGGAAAGAUUAGUACAAUAAUAUUAUAUUCCAUGAACUUUGUCAAUUGCAAGAGACUGCAUUUGUUGGUUAAUUACAUUAGUUGGGAACGUAAGAUUGAGAUCCCAUUCUACCACCCACUAAAUACAGACAGCUACAGUAGUUGUUCCUGGUUCAGUACAGAACAGAACACCUUGUGAUACCCUUAAAACUAUCACAGUAAUACUGAUGUUUUUUGUUACUAUUAUAAUAAUGCUUGUUUGACUAAAGAGUUAGGAAUAUUUUUCUUGUAAAAUUAUAUUCUCCUCAAAAAUGAGGUAAUAAUUAAAAGUCUGUAAUUAUUAAUUGUUUGAUGAAAUGUUUUAAGUUUAUGUCGUUUCAUUGUUAUACGGGAAAAUGUUUUUGUUAUACAGAAAAUCACAACAUCCACAGGACAGCUUUGAGCUAAUAUGCUUUUUGUUAAGCUAAGUUGAGGAUAACUAAACUGUAUAAAAAGGGGAAAACUUAUUUUUGAGAGAUUUUACCACAUUUGAAUAAAUAUUGUACAAAAAGGAAAUUACCCAGCCAUAAGAAAUCUUCUGUUUUGUACAUUUUUUAUGUAUGUGCCAUAAGUUAUUUCAAAGUUCAAAUUUCUAGGUCCUGAUAGAUAUGUUUAAAUGAAGUAUUGGGUAGAAUAAUGACCCAAGUGGUCCCAAGAGGUUCCUGAUCUAAUGUUAAAUUUUUGCUUUGACUCUCACAAGCAUAAAUAAGACAGAUCAUAAGGAAAUCUAACAGUUAAACAAAGAGAUGCAUUCAGGUUGAUGCUAUAAAGUAAAAACCUUUGACUAAGAACCUGCAUCUUAACAGGUUCCUGCAUAAAUGGUACUGUAAAAUUCCGAAAAUAAGCCCCGGGGCUUAUAUUUUUCAAAGGCCCUUUUUGAGGGCUUAUAUUCGGAGGGGCUUAUCUAUGGAGGGAAAUUUGCGUUUCAAAAUUGAUUGGCCUAGCCUUAUAGUUGGAAGCAAAUUUACCGUUUUUGCUUUGUUUUGCUUUGAAUUGGUUGAUUUUGAGCUUCGCUUAAAAUAUUUAAUUCGAUGCGCACUGUAUUUAGGUUAUCGCAUUAGAGUAGCUGUUGAUUGAUUUGUAUGCCAGUAUAUAUAGUAACGUCAUGACAGAAUUUGUCAGUUUAUUAGCAGAUCGUGAUAGUUUGCAAAGUCGAAUCUUUUCAUUGUGUCCUGAUGUCUCAAUCCACAUAUUCUCUUCGUCCACGCAAUCAACUAGACUACGCUUUAUUGAAUAGCGGAAAGCAAUUACAGUUUCCAGUUUACGAUAUUUCUCCGCUCAAAGCCUCUCCCGACCCUAACGAAGACGGAUUGAGCAGCAACAGGGACGCAGCGCCGGCCCCUCUGACAUCGGAUCCGGGAGAGGAGUUUAUGGAGCUCCAAAAGCUACUAACUCAGGCGAAAGAGGAGAACGAGGCCCUGGAAAAAACAUUUCAACUGGAGGCCAUGCGUCAGGAGUUACAGGCGCUUCGUCUCCGCAACGAGCAACUCGACCGACGCCGUCAUGCGACACCUUCCAUUAAUGGCGGUGCGAAGCUUCUUCGAGAAGACCCUAACCCAGCGCAAGUUCUUCAGGACUUGAGGUCCAAAAAAUCCCUUUCCACCCGGGUGGACAAAUUCCUGGCUACCCUGGAGGACUCAUCUUCCGAGGAGGAUAGUGACGGAAAAGACCACAUUCCCGUUUCUAGAGGUAGGCGCCACACCUUGAAAUCAGGGAAAGACAGUAAAAUAACAAGCCGAGUUCUUUCCCCUCAGUUAUGGCCCCACAGUCACCUUAGUUUAUCGUACAUCUCCAAAGAAAAGAAGUACGAUGAGUUAUCGCUAGCUGAAUUUGCUGCUGGCUAUGCCGCCAUUCUUCAGCGCCCCACCCUGUCUCCCUCGGAACUUCGUGCACGCAUCGACCAUUUCGCAGCUUUGAUGUACCUGGCCACUCAGUAUACUUGGUCUUCAGUACACGAUUUGCACGCCGCUGUACUUUUUGAGAUAGAAUGUGAUAGAGCAAAGUGGGGUGAUUCUUUUACUUAUUUGGAAUCUCGCAUUUUACAAUCACUGUCAAGAUCUUCGCGUUCGGGAAGUGGAGCCCCACGCUCGGAAAAUCCUGCGUCCGUAUUCUUCUGUCGUGAUUUUCAGCAUGGCACCUGUAAACACCAGAAAGAUCACUUUGGCACGCUUCGUGGUGAACGUAAAUGGUUUCAGCACAUUUGUGCCCGGUGCUGGGUCGACUCGCGGCUUAUCGCACGUCAUUCAGAGUUCGCUAAGGAGUGCCCCCUGUUCACAGAUACCAGUAAACAGGGCAAUUUUCCAAGUACAAGCGCCCGGGUGGCUUAUAUUUGGAGGGGCGAUUUAACAGAGGGUUUUUUGCAUUACCGGUUUGGGGGGCCUAUAUUUGGAGGGGCUUAGUUUCAGAAUUUUACGGUAAUUAAAAAAAGUGCAUAUUUAGACUAUUUAGGUUCUUAAAUAGGUUCUUACUCUCUGAGG